AUCUAUGGACAUCGUUUCAAGAAUUUUUUUUCCCCAUAAUUUGGCAUCAAAUGAAUGCGGGACAAAGCCAGCAACAUUAUCGUCAUCAUCACGAUCAUCAGUACCAUCAUCAGGACAAACCCUUCACUUGCGAUCGCUGCGGCAGAAAGUACAAAUGGAAGGCAUCUCUGCAUUGCCAUCAAAGGGACGAAUGUGGCAAGGAGCCGCAGUACAAAUGCUACUAUUGCAAUUACAUGACUAAAAUAAAAUCGAAUUGGAUUCGCCAUGAGAAAACCCACACAAAUCCCGGACGUGGAAAGGCGUAGUAACGCUUUAAAGACUUAUGGAUAUAUGAUGGCAAAUGGGUCCAGUUUUAUAAAUCUUGAAUUCUUUGUCCUAGUCUCGUUUAAAAUAAAAUCUACGUGUUGUAUCGUAGCAAUUUGAAAAAUAACAACAAUGCAUACGAAGAAUUAAUUAUUUGUGAUAAAUUUUCAAUAGUUAUGUGGACGAUUAGAGAUAGUAUUUCAAGAUAAGCAAUUUAAAUAGCUUUAGAAAAAUUAGAAUUUAGAAAAAUUGAAUAAUAAUAACAGAUACAUUUUUUAGAUAUUAUAAAUUUUUGUAAUUUUUAGACAACCGCACACGAAAGAUUUUACAUCAAUUUUGAUCC